AUGUCUAUUUCAACGCAGUCUGUAGAUAUAAAGAGUUAUGGAAUAACGGCCCCGGUUACAACGGAAGGCCCAUCUAAAGAAGAUUUAAAGGCUUCUCAAGAACUAAUAGUACUAUUGAAAUCAUAUAAUCUUUACGAAACAGAUGAGGGAAAAAAACGCAGAGAAGAAGUGUUAGAAUCCCUAAAUCGCCUACUUCAACAAUUCGUGAGAAGGCAAGUUAAAAUAAACAUGGGACUGACAGAUCAAGAAGCAAAUUCAGUAACAGCGAAACUUUUAACGUUUGGGUCAUAUAGAUUGGGAAUCGUGGCGCCUGAUAGCGAUAUCGACGUCGCCUGCCUGUGCCCAAGGGGCAUCACGCGCGAAGCCUUCUUCUCCGAUUUCUACAACACCCUGACAAAGGUGGAAGGAAUAACAAAGCUACAAUCAGUGCCAGACGCAUACACACCAGUGAUCAAACUGUACUAUCAUGAUAUCAGUAUCGAUAUACUGUUCUCCAACCUGGACGAGCCGACAGUGGACCCGAACAUCAACCUUCUGGACAACAAAAUCUUAAGAAACAUGAGCGACUCAAACGUACGAAGCAUCAACGGAUGCAGAGUAGCAAGCUUUAUACUGGACUCAGUGCCUAAAAAAGGAAACUUUAGAACAACACUGCGAUUCAUUAAACUGUGGGCCUCGAGAAGAAAGAUAUACUCGACAGUGGUGGGAUACCUGGGAGGAGUAGCAUGGGCAAUACUGACAGCAAGAGUGUGCCAGAUGUACCCGAACUUUGCACCGAACAGGCUGAUAGAGAAAUUCUUCAAAGUAUUCUCAAUGUGGAACUGGAUUUACCCAGUGACACUGUGUAAAAUAAAGCGAGAGUCGGGCGUACCAGGAUUAAUGUCAUUUAAGGUUUGGGACCCGACUAAUAGCCUGCAGGACCGACAGCACCUGAUGCCAAUCAUAACUCCAGCAUUCCCGUCAAUGAACUCGACGCACAACGUUACAGCGACGACGAAGAGAGUGGUGACGGAGGAGUUAUCAAGAGCAGCGCAACUGUUGAAAACGCCAAACCUUACGAACACACAGCUGUGGGAGAUGGUGCUGGAGGAAGAGGAUGUGUUCUCAAAAUACAAGCACUUCCUGGUGAUAGAAGUGUACGGGUCAUCGGAGCACGCCCACAACAAGUGGGAGGGCUGGAUAGGAAGCAGAAUGAGGUUCCUGAUCAAGAAGUUGGAAACGCUCGAAUACACACAAAUCAGACCACUGCCAGGAUUUUUUAAAUUCGAGGACAGAGAUUGGGAAUACGCGUCCUCAGCGUUCUUCGCGUUCAAGCACACAGCGCCUGUGGUGGAAGGAUACCAAUCGUUCGACAUAAGAAUGCCAAUACAGUCAUUCAAGGAAAUAAUCAACACCUGGUGCGAUAUGGAGACGUUCAAGGACCAAAUAGAUGUAAACAUUAGGUACCUGAAAAGUAAGCAGCUGCCCGACUACAUUCAGACUAACAAAUCACAAAAAAGAACAUUAGAAGAGAUAUCAAAGGAUGGAAAUCUAUAA